GUUCUAGGCACAACCAGAUGUCACCCGAGGUCAAGCAUCAUCCUUUCGUACAUCAUCGUAGCAGACGAUUCCAUGUAAUUCUUUUGCUUAUGGUCGGCUACUUUUCUAUGGCAGUGAUGACCUCCAAUAUAGGAAUAACACUAAGCUGUAUGAUAAAUUCGACUGCUUUGUCAUUAGCUGAAGACCACAAUAAUAAUUCGAAGUAUUCUAGCGAUGAAAAUCCUGCUGUCGACUCAAACUCCACACCAACAUGCUCUCGAAAAAUAGGUGGUAAAGUGAAUGAUUAUGGAGGCUCUUAUGAGUGGUCCGUUGAGACUCAAGGUUACAUUGUUGGAGCCACCUUUCUGGGAGGAUUGCUCUCCACAUUACCCGGAGGUUUGGCAAUUGACAAAUAUAGCAUAAGGCACCUCCUGAUGAUCUCUGUGUUGCUGCUUUCCUCUGCUAGUGUAUUCAUUCCUCUAUUUGCUGAACAAGUUGGACCUAUUGGAGUUAUGGGAUUGAGAUUCAUCAUGGGAGUGGGAGAGGGACUGAUGAUACCGGGUAUAAAUGGCAUGCUGACUGGAUGGAUACCUUCGCAUGAGAAGAGUACGGCUGCAUCAUUGUUUACAUCGGGCAACCAGUUAGCUGGAAUUAUCGGCAAUCCUGUGGCUGCUGAGCUCUGUGCCAGCAAAUUGCAAUGGCCAGCUGUCUUUUACAGCUCAGGUGUUCUGGGUUUUCUUUGGUGUAUUGUAUGGCAACUCACUGUGAACAAUUCGCCAGCCAAUACCAAGUGGAUCAGUGAUCAUGAAUUAAUAUAUUUGGAACAUCAUCUCCCUGAGAAAGCAGCCAAGCGCAUGAAGAAGGUUCUCCCAUGGCGGUCAAUGUUGACGUCUGCUCCGCUGCUCGUAGUAUUUUACUCAAGUAUAGUAGGCAAUAUGAUGAUAGCCAUGAUCCUCGUUUAUAUCCCAGUUUAUUUCAAAGACGUGCUUAUGCUGGAAGUCAAGCAGAAUGGUUUCUAUACCGCACUACCACACACCUUCAACCUUAUUUCGAAACUGAUAUGGGGUUUUUUGAUGGACCAUCUCAAACAAAAGAAGAUACUUACAGCAACUCAGACAGUGAAGCUCUCGCAAGUCUUAUCAAUGCUCACACUCUCACUCUGCUUCCUCCUCCUAGCCUAUGGAGUCGACUGCUCCACGCAUGUUCUGGCUUUGGUUUUGCUAUCCACUAUCGGAGCAGCGUUUGGCCUCUCCAUCAGCGGCUUCCUGACGAGCCUUUUGUCACUUUCUCCAAACUUUAUUGGAGUCAUUAGCAGCAUCUCGCAGAUAAUAGGCUUUGCUGGUCGAGUUGCAACUCCUCAGAUUAUCACCUAUUUCAAAACUAUCGGAAGUGCGGAGGAAUGGCGUGGUAUUCUUUUGGUAUAUUCUGCCAUGACUUUGGUCUCAGCUGUGUUAUUCGGCAUCUGGGGAUCGGGUGAUGUACAACCGUGGAAUUCCCCUAUUGAACAACGCGUUGAUCCUGCUGAUGCAGACAGUAAGCCUUUGGUAGUAUACAAAGGAGAGAAGGCCAUACCUGCUCCUUGAAGUAGGUUGUGCGAUAAUAUUUGUAUAGGUUGUGAGUGUGUCGUAAGGGUGCAUGCACUGGUCCAUUCCAUAAAAUUUUUGCGUAUUCUGCA